CGGAAGAAUUUGCACUGGAGCAAACGAUGGCCUCCGAAACUGAUACAAUAUUUGGAAAAAUAUUGCGUAAAGAAAUUCCAACAAAAUUUAUUUAUGAAGAUGAUCUGUGUGUGGCCUUUAACGACAUUGAGCCCCAGGCUCCAGUUCACGUGAUCAUCAUCCCCAAGAAGACGAUUUCACGACUAGCAACAGCGGAGGAGGCUGAUGAACAGAUUAUGGGUCGUCUUGUGAUAGUUGCUAAGAAACUGGCUGCUCAACUUGGUCUUGGCGAUGGUUAUCGUCUUGUUCUGAACGACGGACCGAAAGGCGGGCAGACGGUUUACCACCUUCAUAUGCAUCUACUUGGCGGGCGACAGCUAGGCUGGCCUCCCGGAUAAAAACAUCAGUGCCCUCAUUCCAAUAAGUUAUUUCGGUGUCAACAAACAGUUUGGUGUGCUGUUACAAUAGUUAGAUCUGCAUGUAGUCGAAACAUUUCCAUAUUCAGUACCAUUGUGUUCUUCUGGUUUGUUGAAAAAUAAGUGAUAGCUUUUCUUGAAUUGCUGAAUAGUUGUUGGUAAAUAUCUCUUCUUAAAGGGGAGGUCUCAAAGUUGCAUGAUUAAACCAAAAAUAUUUAUUAAAAAAUUUAUUAAUUGUAAAGACCGGGCUAGUUCUGGCAUUCGCCAUAUUCACCAGUUACCAAAUUUUAAUUUGGUGAAAGAAUUGCAUGUAAUAACUGAUAUUUUGUUGGAAAAGAAGUUUUUCUGCAAAUUGACUUUAAUUAUGUACUCGCGACACCCAUAUUUAGUUAAAGAUUUUUGUGAAAACCACUGUUUUAUGCACAACAUUUUACAAUUUAAAUAUUCUUGAAUUAAGUUUGUAACGGAUAUAUUUGGUAUUAAUUAAUUAUUAGUUAUUUAUACAUGAAAAAAAAAAAUGAGUUACGUGACUUGCAACUUUGUCACAGUGCAUUACUAUUUUGGUAUUCCUUAAUUAUAUAAAGAUUAUACCGGUAUGUGGUAUCGAUUAAUUUCUAGAUAUUUAUACAUAUAAAAAAUAAUGAAAUAAGACAUUUGCAACUUUGAGAAUGCACGUUUAAGUUGAUUGAUUCUGUAAUGCUUUAAAAAUAAUUUGCCAUUAUUAUUUUUAUUUUUGUUUGGUUAAAACAAAUUAAAUUUGCAACACUAAUUUUCAUAUAAAAUUCACUAAAUACUUCACCAGUUUUCUUUUUGUUUCAUUCCACUUAAAUCUUUGUUGAAAAAUGUGCCUUACUUAUUGCUUGUUUGAAAUAAUGUGCUGUAUGUAAUCCUCAGGGGUGGGAAUUCUCCUCGGAUCAGCUGUUUUCCUCUCAUGGACAUUGCGUUUCCUUGUAUUUUAAUCGUCCUUUCCUCCAAAAUGUGUCAGAUGGCACAGAUUUUAACCUAGGAUUUCAAUAGUUUCCGGGACCCGUCUAGAUUUCCUAUUUUUUACAGUUCACCAAUUCCCACUCCUGAAUCCUGCAUUCAGGUGUGCUUGUAAUUACUGUUUUGAUAACUUCCCACUUGAAAAUUGCAUCCAAAACACUCCUGAACUUGUAUUCCUAACCUGUGAACUCUGAAGAAGAAGAAGAAGAAGAAGAAGAAGAAAAAAAAAAUACCAGAGCAACCAGGCGAUUAAAUGUUUUGAUGAUAAAAAUAAAAGCAUACACCUUUAAAUGUUCCAUCAAAGAUGAUCGAUCAGUGCAAAAAUGGUGUGAGACUAUUUGUAAUUAAAAUCCUGUUAUUUCAAUUUGAGAAAUGACGUAAUUCAUAAAAUUAAUCUACUUUGUUUUAUUAGUAGUGAAAACAGCUAAAUUUGUGAGCGAGAUCUAUACGGUGUUGUUGAUUGUUUUGAGGAAAACAGAACUCCUGACAAGUGAACCCAAAUACAAACAAGUUGUAAUAGUAAUUUGAAGCACACCCUAACACAGCAUAUUACAGUGAAACCUCUCAAAACCGGACCCUCUACUAACCAGAAUUCCCUUGCAACCGAAUGUUUUUCAUAGACCCUUUUUAAAUAUCUGUGCAGAAAAAAUCCUCUGUAUACCAGGGUCCUAAUUCACAAAGGUCUCUUAGGCUCUGCUAGACAACAAAUCAUCCUCUUUGUAAGUCUUUUAGCUUUGCACUGUGAGCUCCGAGGCCAUAUAACCAUAAAUAAAAUGUGUUGAGUGCGUCGUUAAAUAAUUUUAUUUUUUGUUUUUUUUAUAACCGUAAAUAAAAUGUGUUGAGUGCAUCGUUAAAUAAUUUUUUUUUUUUUUUUUUUAACCAUAAAUAAAAUGUGUUGAGUGCAUCGUUAAAUAAAACAUUUCCUUCCUUUCUUUCUGCACUGUGAGAUUGCAAAGUUGGGAGUUUAGUGAAUUAGGACCCUGAUACCUCUUAAAAUCAGACUUUUUACUUGAUCCCAAGGGUGUCCGGUUUUGAGGAGUUUCACUGUAUUAAUCUUAUUAUUAUUAAUCUGUUUGGGCUACUUAAAUAUUAAAAAAAUAAUGGCAUUAGUUGCCUAAAUAAUAUUAGGUGGGCGAUCUUCUUUAAAGCUAUAACCUAUAAGCCACUAUUAAUAUUUGUAUUCCACAUUAAAAUCAUGCUCGUGGUUCUCUUAACAUAAUUUGCCAACAUCCUUUAUUAUUUUUUGGGCCACCAUAUUUUUUUGUGAGUUUCGAGCUCUGAUAUAUACAUGUACCCGGUAGAUUAAAGAGAGAUCUACUAGUAUCCACUGAAUUAUAUUGAUGAAAAUAGAUCGUUCAAAUGAUUGGUAUUAAAAGUGUUGCACAUCAAAGUUCACAGUGUUUGUACAUGUAUAUACAGUUAAGGUAACAAUCUUCUGAUUUUAUUGGUGUUGGUAAAAUAGUUGCAAAAAUUAGCACGAGCAUAAAAAUUUGUUUUGGUCUUCCUAACUGUUAUGAUAUGCAAUUGAAUGUAUUGGCAGAUCUUUCAAAUAAUGGUUUGCAUUCAACACCUAUAUAUACUUUAUAUGUUGUACAUGUACAGUGUAUUUGAAAUGAAAGAUUUGUUUUCUAGUUUACAGCCAUGUUCAGUAUUAUCACAUACAUAACUAUAUACAAUUAAAAGACCUACCCUGUACACACAAUGUUUAUUUGUACGGCGAAGUUGAUCAUUCUGUGGUGCAUUGGUUUACUUGUUGCUUUGUGUAUGAAUUUAUGUAUUUGGAAACCUGACAUUAGUUUUAAAAAUACUUUUGAAAAUGAAACCAAACUAUAAUACCAUUCUAGGUAUCCUUUGUUUCAUCAAUAGUAUCGAUAAUAUUACAAUGAAAAACUCAGUAUUAAAGUUUGAAAAAACCCCCAAAACACGGCUUAGGAUAUUUUUUUUAUCAGGGAUGCGAGCUACACAGAAACACGUAAAUGCGCUUUUCCAUUUCGUCUAAAAAACCACACAUGAUGUUUAAUACUGUUGACCACACAAGGUUCAUUUGCAUGUUUUCACGGUUUAAAGUUUAUGUGUCCCUUAUAUUAUAAGUUAUAACCAGUUUAGAUUUGUUAGCAUUGAGUGCAAUUUUUGGCAGUUCCAGGGGUUGCAAACAAUUUUCCUUGGAACCUGGCCGCAGUAAACUUUUUUGUUCCACACCUCUCACAUCCCUGUAAUAUAUAUAGCUGAGUUUUUAAAUACUAUAAUUGCUGAUAACUAUUUUAAAAUGACAUAAUCAGUGUUUCAAUGCUGUACUAACAAUUAUGACUAAAAUAAAUGACCUUGUUCUGAA